AUGUUCCACUUCUGGUGGCUCCUUGGUGCCUUGCACCUCGUUCUUUGGGGUUCAACCAUCACACAUGCCACGCUACCACCACCCCCGGUUCAAUGCAACGACACUGGCUGCACUCUUUUCAACUCCUACGGUGUAUGGAAUGAUAGAAAAGAUUGUCAUGUUCCAACCAUCACUUACCCUACAAAUGAAGAAGAGCUAAGGCUAGCUGUAGCGCAUGCUAAUCAAAAUAACCUCAAGGUUAAGGUGGUUAGCCGAUUUUCACACACGAUACCCAAGUUGGCCUGCCCUGAUUCUCAAUAUGGCAAUUCAAUGUUAAUAAGCACAUUAAAGUAUAAUUCAAGCAUUGAAAUUGACGAGGCUAAUUUAGCUGUGACAGCUGAUGCCGGCGUAGGUCUACGCGAGCUUAUCGAUGAGGUUGAACGAGCUGGAUUCAGCUUAGUUCCAGCACCAUAUUGGGAGGGUGUGAGUGUUGGAGGACUAAUUAGUACUGGGGCACAUGGGAGUUCAUGGUGGGGAAAAGGUGGAGCCGUCCAUGAUCAUGUUAUUGGCCUCAGCCUUGUAGUCCCUGCAAAAGAAUCUGAAGGAUAUGCAAAAAUUAUCAGAAUUGGAGCCAAAGAUCCACUCUUGAAUGCAGCAAAAGUAUCAUUGGGAAUGCUGGGAGUCAUCUCUAAGGUGAAGUUAUCACUAGAGCCAGCAUUCAAACGAAGCAUAACAUAUAAUUCCACAGACGAUACUCACAUAGAGGAUAUAUUCAUGGAUCAUGGUAAGAAAUAUGAAUUUGCUGAUGUUACUUGGUACCCUUCGAGGCAUACAGCGGUGUACAGAUAUGAUGACAGAGUUCCCUUAAGCGCCUCUGGUGAUGGAGAAUAUGAUUUCCUUGGAUUUCAGGCUAACUCAAUUGUGGUCUCCAAAUCAACUAGAUCAUCAGAGAAAUUAUUGGAGAAAGCACGUAAUGUGAAAGGAAAGUGUGCCUUGGCAACAACAUUUGUGGGGUUUAAGAAGUUGGUGGCCAAUGGAUUGAAGAAUGGACUAAUCUUUACAGGCUAUCCAGUAGUGGGCCAUCAGGGAAAAAUGCAGACCUCAGGUUCAUGUUUAUAUUCAACAAGAAUCGACACUUCUUGUGCUUGGGAUCCAAGAAUUAGUGGCCUGUUCUUUUAUGAGACAACAGCAAUAUUUCCUGCUUCGAAGUUCGGAGAUUUUCUCCGCGAUGUCAAAAAAUUGAGAGACCUCAAAGCAGAUAAUUUUUGUGGGGCCGAUAUAUAUAAUGGAUUCCUGAUAAGAUACAUCAAGGCUUCUCCGGCAUAUUUAGGCCAAUCUGAGGAAUCGAUAGUUCUUGAUUUUAAUUAUUAUCGUGCUGAUGAUUCGUCAACUCCAAGGCUAAACCAAGAUGUAUGGGAAGAAGUGGAGCAAAUGGCGUUCUUCAAAUAUGGGGCAAAACCACAUUGGGCUAAGAACAGGAAUUUGGCAUUCUUCGAUGUCCAACAUAAAUAUCCUAAUUUCAACAAGUUUGUAGCAACAAAGAAGCAAUUGGACCCUAAAAACAUGUUCUCCGGUGAAUGGUCAAAUGAGAUAUUGUUUGGUACACAAGCCGUGAAAGCUGAUGGAUGUGCCUUAGAGGGGCAAUGCACAUGCUCAGAGGAUAGACAUUGUAGCCCCAAAAAUGGGUAUUUCUGUAAAGAAGGUCUGGUUUAUAAAGAAGCUAGGGUCUGCAGGCAUUCAUGA